UCAGUAUUUUUAGCAAUGGCUCUUCCACUCCUAUUUCUUCUUCCUCUGCUCCUCUUCUCAUCUCCUGCUCUCUCUGCGGUGACUGUAACACAUCUCCCUGGCUUCAAUGGACCUCUCCCCUUCCAUCUUGAAACUGGGUAUAUAAGUGUUGAUGAGGUGAACGGUGUGGAGCUGUUCUAUUACUUUAUAGAGUCGGAGAGGAACCCUAAAGAAGACCCUCUCAUACUUUGGCACAAUGGAGGCCCUGGCUGCUCUGCCUUCAGUGGUCUCGCAUUCGAAAUUGGUCCUCUAAAAUUUGUGAGUAAGAAGUACGAUGGGAGCAUACCAUCUUUGGUAUACAAUCGUUAUGCUUGGACAAAGGUAGCAAACGUUAUCUUUCUCGACUCUCCCGUUGGAACUGGAUUCUCGUUCUCGAGGAAUCCUGAAGGCUACGUGGUUGAUGACACGAUUACAUCAAAACAAGCCUACGAGUUUCUGAGAAAGUGGCUUGUCGAACAUCCGCGGUUCAUCUCCAGUCAUCUCUAUUUAGCUGGCGAUUCAUUUGGAGGAAAAAUUGUUCCUAUCGUUGCUAGCAUAGUUGCAAAAGGUAUUGAAGAUGGCCACCGUCCGCUCGUGAACCUCAAGGGUUAUUUAGUCGGCAAUCCGAGGACCGGUGAAUUUGUUGAUUUUAAUUCUCGAGUCGCAUUUGCACAUGCAAUGGGCAUUAUUUCAGAUGAACUCUAUGAGGCGAUACAGAGAUAUUGUGAAGGAGAGGAUUAUAAGAAUCCUAAUCCCCACAACUUACCAUGCAAUUCAGUACUUAACAAGUUUGCGACGUUUGAAGACGAACUAGAUAUGUCCUAUAUUUUGGAUCCCAAAUGUCCUAUCGCGUCGCCUCGAACAGAGCGAAUGUUUGGUAACAGAUAUUUACAGGAGGAGCAUUCAGAGAUCAUGCUACCGCCACCAGUGGUUCCUGGAUUGAAGUGUAGAUCAUAUGCUUAUUUUCUAUCCUACUAUUGGUCAAAUGAUUAUCACACCAGAGAGGCCCUUCACGUCAAGAAGGGAACUGUGGGAGAAUGGGUUAGAUGCAAUAAAAGCCUCGCUUAUACUCAGAAUGUCCAAAGUUCAGUAGAGUAUCAUCUCAAUGUAACCACGAAAGGAUACAGAGCAUUGGUAUACAGUGGCGACCAUGACAUGGGUAUACCAUCUAUCGGUACACAAGCAUGGAUUCGAUCCCUCAACUACUCUAUUGUCGAUGAUUGGCGCUCGUGGCAUGUGGCUGACCAGAUUGUUGCCGGAUACACGAGGAAAUACUCUCACAAUUUGACAUUUGCUACAGUAAAGGAUGCUGGUCACACGGCACCAGAGUACCAACCGAAGAAUUGCCUGAUCAUGUUUAAUAGGUGGAUUUCUCAUGACUCUCUGUGAUGGAACUCCCAAGUGAUUGGAUGAAUGAAUGAGUAAUUGUCGUUAAUAAAUUUUAAGUUCUUCUAAGAGAAACUAUUGUGUGCUCUUAUGUACUCUUAUUUUCGUGCAAAAACAAAAACAAAUAAUAAUUGGGAUAGAAAUAUCCUUUCUCUUA